GGAUCUACGAGAAGCCCAUGCGAGUGCUGCAGUGUCUGGAGUUUGGGCUAGUCGCACCAUGCCACAAGGCAAUACGGUCGGGUCGCCGUUUCUUUCAGAAAUCCGAGCCGGGCCAGUCUCAUGGUCUGGGCAAUGGCGAGGAGAUUUUGUUGGGUCUGUUUUGAGGCGUUUGUGCUGGGCGAUCGACCAUUUGUAAAUGUGGACAUCACCCACAAGUGCUUCCAACUCUCGAUGCCCAUAAUCGAGUACUUGGAGCGCUAUCAGAUGGGCCAGCACCCAAACAAAUAUCGAGAGCAGGCGAUCCGAGAUAGAUGCACACAUUAAAGGCAUUUCCAUAGCCUAUGUGCCGCCAGUAUCACUUGAAAGUUUCACGAGGGUAUACGAAGUCAAUGCGCUACAAGCUGCCGGCCAGCAAACAAACAUUCGUGGCGGAUAAAGGGAGGAUGACCGUUGCAGAGUAUUCCAAGUCGCGUGGCCGUAUUUUAAAGUAUCCGAAGCUGCAUUGCUUGCACGUUGGGCCGCCACAGAAAACCAUUUAUCUGCCCAUUGGAAUGUGUGCCGCUGAGGGAAAGCAGUCGGUGAAUCGCAACGACGCCACGCUGCAGUCAGCGGCGAUGGAUAAGAUUGCUGCCACAUCCUCAUCCACAUCCACAAACGCACGCAAGUCCAAGAUCAUGGAGUUGCUUCAUUGCUUCAUUGCUUCAACCACAACUCUGAUCCGACCCGACCUGCCCCAAUGA